AUGGAGAGUUACACCUGCUGUGCACUGGGAUACGUGGGAGGGGCAAGGUCCUACUCCUCACGAGUGAGAGAAGACAUGGAAUCCCGAGGACAGGACAACCGAAUUUCAAAAUUCAGAAGCCCGAUAUCUGGGGAUAGAUCCAGUCAAUCUGUUAGGACUAAUUUGGUAGGUGAGACCAUGAUAUCAUGGGAUGUCAACUCUAACCAUGCGAAGUCCUAUCAUGUUGUCCCCAAAGUGAAGACACCUCUUGAAAAUGGUGCUCGCAGAAGGCAGAUACCUAGCACUAGUUUUUGGGCGAAUACCUCCAGUGAACACCAAAUUCACCCCGAUAAACGCAUGAAGUCUAGAACCAGGUUUGUCCCGAGUCCCAGAAGAUCUCCCCAACCGUCGAUGUAUCUCACUGUUCUAAAUGAAUUUUUCAAGUCGGAGGGGCUCACAAAACUGGAGAAUAAGGUAAAACGGCGGACAGUUGAGGCACUGGAGAAGCUGAGCAAGAACAUCGAAGAGACCCGGCGUCGGCAGGAGCUGCUGCUGCAGGACAGCAAGGCACUGCAACAGGAGACGCUCCACCUGGAGACUGAGAACAACUACUUCCUGAAGUUCCUAAGAAAGCGAAAUGACCUGUGCAAGAAGAAACAUGAGGACCUGUGGAAUCACUAUUUCCAGGAGUGCGGGGAGAUGAGACGGAGGAGACAGCAACUCGCAUCCAUGUUUGCCCAACAGAAUGCAGACCUUCAGAAGCAGCUCUUGCAUGGGAAGAGCACCCAGUUCCAGUUGAAGCGGCAGGUUCAGUCACUGAAGCAUAUGAAUGUAGUCAAGAAGGGCCAGGAGAUGAAAAUCCGGGCGUUACAGGAGGAGCUGGCGGACAUGAAAGCGGUGACCGCUAAAAGGGACCAAGAGGCAUUCUUGCAGUUCCUGCAGCGAAAGAUCCCCCUAGACAGAGAGAUGCAGGAACUCAAAUGCCUGCAGGUGGGACGGGGCAGAAGCAAGGAGGUUAAGAAUAAGGCCCGGGCCAUGGCAUCAACAGCCAAGAAGGUAAAUUCUGAGAUUUGCUCUAGUGUCUGCAGAGAGAAUCAGGAGUUACAAGAAGAAUUGGUGAGGCAGAUCCGGGAGUAUCACAAGCUAGAUUCUCUAAAGAGGCAGUUAGAGAACUGGAAAGAGAAGCUGAAGGAGGAGCAAUGGUACCAAGAAGCCUUAGUUAGGGGGAGACACCAGCUGAAGGCAGAGAGAGAGAGAAGUCAUGAUCAUGACCCUUGCCCGAAGAACGGGGUACCCCCGAGGCCAGACUGAAUCACAUCCUUUAUGCACCAAGUCAAGAAUAGAUCCGAGGUAAUUUAUUUAUUUGAAAUUAGAAUUGGAAAUAAACAACUAGGUUCUGGCAC